AUGGAGCUAGAAGCAAAGGUCAUGGUGGUGCCCUGCUCCAGCGUCCAGCCCAUCGAAGAGGCUCUGGAAGACUGCAAGCGCAGCGUCAUUCCCGUCAUCCUCUAUGCCAUCAACCAGGACUCCAUAGGGCCAGAGCAGGUGGCUGAGCUCCGGAAGGUCAAGCAGAUGCUUUCUUUUCCCAUCUGCUUUGUACGUAUCCCUGACUCCACAGUCACAGCCUCUCCAGAGCCCGGCCGCCGAGUGGAGCGGGAGAAAAGCGCCCUCCACAAGCAACUGCUCUCGCUCGGCUUUGUUAACAGCCCAACAGGAAACUGUUCGUGUGGCGCCCCCACACAGAUGCCCAUCCCGGGUGCCAAGCCUCAAAGCAUGCUCGGGGAAUCUUUUGAGAGAAUGCACAGGCUGCUGGUGCCAUUUGCCCGCCAAGUGCUCCAAAACCAACAGGUGGAGGCCGCCAACCUGCUCAACGGGCUUCACUGUCGCUGUUUAGAUCUUUUCAUCAACCAGUCAACAUCCUGUGACUUAAUUGGCCAAUAUGGCUGCAUGAAUUGCUUGGUCUGCAUGUUUUUACGCUGGCCGUCCCGCACAGAAAGGCUAACAGACCCGUGUCCUCUGUGCUGCGCUGACCUGCAGGCCUUCGACAUGCAGAGGGACUUGCAGAUCACUCCGCGCAGGCUUGAGUACACCCGUGAAAAAGAGGGUGAACUCUUCAACUCUCUCAUGGCCAUCGCAAACCGCAAACAGGAAGAGAUGAAGGAGAUGAUCGUGGAGACACUGGGCAGCAUGAAAGAGCAGCUUCUGGAGGACGCAGCCAACCUGGAGUUUACAGACAUCAUUGUAACAACUAAUGGAGAGCCCGUUACGUCAAAGGAGAUCAAAUCCUGCAUCCAUCUGAUCCAGGAGCUGAUAGUGGUGCGUUUGAAUCAGGCGGUGGCGAAUAAGCUGAUCAGCUCUGUGGACUAUCUGAGGGAGAGCUUUGUGGGAACUCUGGAGCGUUGUCUCAACAGUCUGGAAAAGUCCACCUUCGAUUCCUCUGUUCACAAUAUUACUUCUAAUCAUCUGAAACAGUUAUUAAACGCUGCCUAUCACGUGGAGGUCACCUUUCAUUCAGGAUCCUCUGUCACAAGACUUGUCUGGGAGCAAAUCAAACAGAUAAUCCACAGGAUAACCUUUGUGAACCCUCCUGCAAUCACUCCAGAGUGGAAACGGAAGGUUGCCCAGGACGCCAUAGAAAGUCUCAGUGCUGCCAAACUGGCUCGAAGCAUCUGCUCCCAGUUCAGAACCCGGCUCAACAGCUCACAUGAGGCCUUUGCAGCGUCUCUGCGCCAGUUGGAGGAAGGGCACACAGGGCGCCUGGAGCGGACAGAGGACCUGUGGCUGCGUGUGAGGAAGGACCACGCCCCUCGUCUGGCUCGCCUGUCGUUGGAGAGCCGCUCCCUGAGAGACGUGCUGCUGCAUGGCAAGCCUAAGCUUGGGCGGGAGUUGGGCCGGGGCCAAUAUGGAGUUGUGUACCUGUGCGACAGCUGGGGAGGACACUACCCGUGUGCCCUGAAGUCUGUGGUUCCGCCUGACGACAAACACUGGAACGAUCUGGCCUUGGAGUUUCACUACACAAGGACUCUGCCUAAGCACGAGCGGCUGGUUGACCUGCAUGGCUCUGUGAUCGAUCACACCUAUGGAGGCGGCUCCAGCAUCGCUGUGCUGCUCAUCAUGGAGCGGCUGCACCGGGACCUCUACACAGGCCUGAAGGCUGGUUUAUCACUGAGGGAGAGACUUCAGAUUGCCCUGGACGUGGUGGAGGGGAUUCGCUUCCUGCACAGUCAGGGUCUCUUGCACAGAGACAUAAAGCUAAAAAAUGUUCUACUGGACAAACAAAACCGUGCGAAGAUCACUGACCUGGGCUUCUGUAAGCCAGAGGCCAUGAUGUCUGGCAGCAUCGUCGGAACCCCCAUCCACAUGGCUCCUGAGCUGUUUACAGGAAAGUAUGAUAACUCAGUCGAUGUUUACGCCUUCGGGAUCCUGUUCUGGUACCUCUGCACUGGGUCAGUGAAGCUUCCAGAAGCCUUUGAGAAAUGCUCCAGUAAAGACCAGCUGUGGAACAAUGUUAAAAAAGGUGCCAGACCUGAGCGGCUGCCCGGUUUCGAUGAGGAAUGCUGGCAGCUGAUGGAGGCCUGCUGGAACGGCGACCCUUCCCUCAGACCCCUGCUCGGCAUCGUGGAGCCCAGCCUGCAAAGCAUCAUGGACCGGCUCUGCAACUGCAGCUCCGAGCAGAAAAGCAGCAGCCUCGAGGACUCAAACUGA